GAUACGCAGAAUAAAAAUCGAUCCACAGUUUAAUUUUUAAACAGUCUCUCUAAUCCAAGUCUCUCAAAACCCUGCUCUAAUCUUUAACAAACCUCUUAUGAGAUAAAUAAUACUGUUUUUCGAAUAAAUUAAUUUUGUUUUCUUAUAUGUUUAUUGAACAUGCAUAAAUAACACUGCCAAUUUAAUUUAUUGCGAAUUGUUUAGAAAAAUGACAUCGAGAACAUUAACCUUCGUUACGGGGAACGUAAAGAAAUUAGAGGAGGUUAGAGCUAUUCUCGGUAGUAAUUUCCCCUUAGAAAUUGUAAAUCAUAAUCUAGACUUACCGGAAUUACAAGGAGAGAUUGAUGAGGUAUCGAUUCGAAAGUGCCAGGAAGCGGCACGUCGCCUUAAGAAACCUGUAAUUGUCGAAGAUACUAGUCUUUGUUUUAAUGCUUUAAAAGGACUUCCCGGACCAUAUAUCAAGUGGUUUUUAGAGAAAUUAGAGCCUGAAGGGCUUUAUAAACUUUUAACAGGAUGGGAAGAUAAAUCUGCAGAAGCAGUAUGCACUUUUGCUUAUUGCCCUGGGAAUGAAGCCUGUAAAGAUUUAGAUGUUGUGAUAUUCCAAGGAAAAACCAAAGGAACUAUAGUUCCUCCUAGAGGAACAAGAGAUUUUGGCUGGGAUUGUGUUUUUCAGCCUGAAGGUUAUGAUAAAACAUAUGCAGAGUUACCAAAGGAGGAGAAAAAUAAAAUAUCUCAUAGAUAUAAAGCUUUAGAUAAAAUGAAGACCUACUUUAAAGAGACUUUUACUAAUUAAACAUUUACUUGUUAUUAUUAUUUAUAAUAAAAAUAAUAAUAAUAUUUA